CGUUCGGCGUCCUCCGCCUCAACCAGCCUCCCGCCGUCCGCCUGAUCGACACCACGACUCGCUCGCGCUCCAUGACCCCAGUCACGGGCCCGGUCCCACCGCCCCCGCCAAUACCUGACCACCUGCUGCGGAGCGGAAGCCUGACGCUCACCGCCGCGCCCGAGGUCCACCAUCCAAGCCCCGUCUUCGGGCUGCCCUCCCUCCUCAACCCCUCCUCUCACGCGUCCACCAACGUCGCCACCACAUCGACCAGCGGCGCCGCCAACGACGAUGCCGACGACGAGGACGACAUCGUCGGUGCUCGGGCGCAAGCCGAACCAGACCCCGACGCCAUGGACUGGUCCCCCACCUCCUCCCCCCACAAACCCGCCGCGCGCCUCCCCUCGGCGCAGCACAACGGCGGCCGGGGCUCCGACCAGGCCACGGGCCUCGAGAGCCUCUUCGCGCGCACGAAGAUCGCGGAGCAGAGCGGGGCGCCUGGGUCGGCGGCCGCGGCGUGGCGCGCUGGGGAGGAGCGCGCGCGCAGGCGGCGGUGGUGGUGGGCGGUGGGCGCGUUGUCGGUCGCACUGCUGGUGGGUGUUACGUAUGUCGUGUGGCGGCGCGGGCUGUGGGACGUGCUGGGGGUGGUGUCGGUCCUGCGCAGUUCUGGCGGGGAGCUGUAG